CCAAUGUAGUGUUCUUUGUUUUAUUGUCAAAUUUCAUUGGCUUAAGAAAAUCUAGUGUUUUAUUCGAUUGAUUUAAAGUGUAAAAUUUAUAAAAUUAUUAAACAGUUUGUUUAUUAAUAAUAAAUAGACCAAAAACUUAGCAAAUAUUGCCUGGGAAAUAAAAGAAUUUGCUUGUAGAGUAAAGAAAAGCAUAAUUUGUGCAACCAUUUAUAGUUUUUUUCCAUUUUGAAAGUGUGUGCAAGUGUAAGAGAAAAAAAUCUAAUUUUCAAUGCAUCAAAAGCAAAAUAACCAAUAAAUAUAUAGACAACAGAACGUACUAAAAAAAGAAAGAAAAAGAAAAACUAUACAUAGGAACACAUACACCACUAACUAAACUAAACAAAGCGUACAAGAAAGAAAGAAGAUACUACAGAGUAGAAAAUUAAAAAAGAAAAAAAUAUAUAAAAGAAAAAAUAUAAAAUUUGUAGGUACUAUAUUAUUUUUUUCUGUGUACAUUUUUAGAAGUGAAUGUGUGUUGGUGUGCUAUUUUGUAAAAUAAUACAAAAAAAUGGAAAAAACUAUUAUUACUCCCAAUAAUACGUGAGUGUAGUGCAUACAAAUUUGUCUAAGUAAUAAAAGAACUAGAAAAUCUUUGUGCUGGCAAUUUUGUAACCAGAUUCCUACUAUUUUGAUUAGAUUGUACUAAAUAACCAGCUGUUGUGUUGCAAUCUUAAUAAGCCUUAAAAUAGUAAAUCCAAGUGUUGCAUUAAAAAAAAAAAGAAAAAAAAAAAACAGGCGAGCCCUUUUAUCAAUUAAUAAGUUUUUCGCCCUGGAGCAAUCUUAUCUUGUAAUUGACCAGCUGUGUCAAAAACAGUAAUCACAACAACAAUAAAAAGAGUAAAUAGAGUCUAGAAUAAGCGAACCUGACGAGGUCGCUUGAUUGCGCUUGCGGCUGAGAGAGUUCCUAGAGACGGCGCAAGGCAGGAAGUCAAAGAAACAAAGAACGAACGAGUACAAAUAGGGAGUAGUAGUAGUAGGAGAGCAGCAGCAGUGGUCCUCGUUGGAGUGGGUGUUUUUAAAAGAGACUCAAAAUUGAUAGAAAUAACAAAAAAGCUGCUGCAACUGGUGCCUCAUCUGAGGACCAGCCGCCGCGCAAAAAAGGACGACGUUCAGCAGCAGGAGGUGCCACUACAUCAACAGCAGCAGCCGCAGCCGCCGCAGUAGUAGUAGGAACGAAUACAACGACAACAGCCUUAGCAAUAACAACAACAGUAGCAGCAACAGCAACAACAGCAAGUUUGUUGGAAAUCAACAACAACAGUAGUAGUACGAGUCUCAGUUCGUUAGUGUCCAUAGACACAGAAACAGCAACAACCUCAAGAGCGGCUGCACAACAGCAAGAGCAGUUACGCCAUCAAAAUAAUCGCGAAAAACAGACAAAAGGUGAAUCAGCAAAUAAUAAACAAAACACAACAACAAAUAGCAACAGCAGUUUGAACAAUAACAAAACAAAUAACACUAACAGCAAUAGUAAUAACAAUAACAAAACAGCAACUACAACAAACGAGGCUAAAAGAAAACUGCCCCAGGACGGCGGAGGCAGUAGUGGUAGUGGCCAACUAGAUAAGGACUCUGGUAGCACUAUGCAAAAUUCUGCUUUGAAUCCUUCCACCUCCUCCUCAUCGAGUGCCUCUUCAUUUAGUGCUUCGACCGUGGAAAGUGGCGCCAUGCCCAAUUCAGCUCCAGCCGCUGGCAGUAGUAGUAGUAGUAGCAGUCAUGCUGCCACUGACUCCUCUGCCGCCGCCGCCGCUUCAUCGAGCGUUAAUAAUUCGACAUCCACCAAUGGACACGAUUCCAAACACAACGGUUUCACUGCCAACCAAAACAAUAACAACAACAGCAGCACAGAGGCGCCCAAUAAUUGCGAUGAUCAAAACAAUCACAAUGAAGUGGCCAAUAAAACAAUUUCCUGGUUGGGCAAGUCUAAUGAGGAAAUAAUACGCCUUAUUGGCCAGUAUUUGCAAGAUUUGGGCCUAAAGAAAUCGGUAAAGACGCUAAUGAACGAAUCGGGUUGCUAUUUGGAACAUCCCUCCGCUACCAAGUUUCGUGAGCAUGUCUUAUCGGGCGAAUGGAGCAAGGCAGAUGCAGAUCUAAAGGAACUAGAGCCCCUGAUAGAUAAUGGCAAACCUUCGACUAUUACCGAAAUGAAAUUUAUCCUAUUGGAACAAAAAUAUUUGGAAAACUUAGAUGACAACUGUCAUUUGGAUGCUUUGCAUGUUUUACGCAAUGAGUUAACACCCUUGCAGCAUAAUAUUUCACGAGUCCACCAAUUGUCCUCGUACAUGAUGUGUUCUAAUAGUCAGGAUUUGCAUCAACGUACCAAAUGGGAAGGCAAAGGUAUAUUGUCAAGAUCUUUGGUUAUGGAACGUUUACAAACCUUUCUACCACCUUCCGUUAUGAUGGCACCGCGUCGCUUGCGUGCCUUAUUACAACAGGCCGUUGAAUUGCAAACACAAAAUUGUCUCUUCCAUGACAUGGCCUGGGAGACAAAUUUACAAAAUGUUUCACUGCUGACCGACCAUUGUUGUGCCACCGAUGGUUUUCCCCUGCAGACCAUACAAAUACUAUCCGAUCACUGUGAUGAGGUUUGGUUUUGUAAAUUUUCACCUGAUGGCCUUAAAUUGGCCACCGGCAGCAAGGAUGGCGCUGUUAUAAUAUGGGAUGUUGAUCCUUAUAAAUUACAAUUGAAACAGCGACGCUCUCUAGACUGUCAAUCACAAGUUAGUGUGGCUUUUAUUAGCUGGAGUCCCGAUUCGAAAUUGGUGUUGAUUGUGGGUUCUGAGGAUUCCACAGAAGUGUGUAUUUUCAAUGUGGACGACGGUCGCUUGCUGAUGAAAAUGAAUAAUAUGAAUCAGGAAUCGGAUAGUCUGUCAUGUGGUGCAUUCAAUCGUGAUGGUACACGUUUCGUUUGUGGUGGCCAAAAGGGUCAAUUCCAUUUGUGCGAUCUCAAAGGUACGGUGCUGGAAUCAUGGGAGGGUGUACGUAUUAAUAGUGUGGCCUUCAGAUCGGAUAAUAAGACUAUAUUAGCCGCUGAUAAUCACUAUCGCAUAAGGGGGUACAACUUUGAUAACCCACGCACAGAUUUUGAUGUACUCAAAGAAUCACAUCCGAUUAUGACAUUUUCAGUCAAUUCCGCUGAUCGCUUAGCCCUGCUAAAUGUCUCCAGCCAAGGACUACAUUUAUGGGAUAUUGAAGAUAAAUGUAUUGUACGCAGCUUUCAGGGUAUACGUCAAAGUAAUUUCGCCAUACACUCGUGUUUCGGUGGCGUUAAUGAAAGCUUUGUCGCUAGCGGUAGUGAAGAUAAACACGUCUGUAUUUGGCACAUAAAACGAGAAGAACCUUUGGCCAAGUUAGCCGGUCAUGCCAAGACUGUUAACUGUGUUUCCUGGAAUCCCGUUUAUCCCUCAUUGCUGGCCUCGGCCAGUGAUGAUUCGACCGUACGCAUCUGGGGACCCACAGCGCCACACAAUCUAAAUGCAACACCCGAAAGUGACGAUUGUUCAUCAUGUUCCUCUUCGUCGUCAUGGAAUAUGACCUCCUAGAGCCUAAAGACACCAAGUAACGUAGCAGCCAUGUGAUCAGAGUGGCGAUAUUAUUUUAGUUGAUAUAGAUAAGAAGUGAGGGUUACAUAUAGACAACCAGCGCGCACCUAUGUUGUAAGAAAUUCAUUUAGCCUUUAAGAGAUACAAUACGCUCUAGAUGUUUAGUUAAAGAAAACCCCUUAAGAAAACGUUAAGAAGAAGAACUCUUGAGAACCAGUUAGGAAGCAAGAAAGAAAGGCAUUUUCGUGCAAAAUAUUUGAAAAACGGUAUAUGAAAACAAUACAAUACAAUUAUAUAUAUAAAGAAAGCUAAGCAUUACUAUAUAUUGUAAGCAAUAUACGAAAUGGAUUAAGGUGAAUGAAGGAAAAAUAUAUAGAAGAUAUAAAAAGCAAACAAGAAAGUGAAAGAACGUGGACAGUGUUAUAGCAAAAAAAAAAAAAAGAAACAUUGAUGGCAAACAUCAAUUAAUUAACAAGAAAAACUGCUCGUUUUUUAAACAAUAACUUUUUAAACAUGCUCAUCAACACCUAAACCUAAUUUAGUUAUGUUUUUUUUUCUAUUAAUACAAACCAAUACUUACAUUUAGUUUUUUUUUUUAAUUUUUAACUUUGCUCCCCUAUAGUGGAACACGUUCGUUUUAUCUAUUUAGAUAAUUAAAAUAUAUAGAUUUUUUUAAUUUUCGAAAACCAAUUAAGUUUAUCCUCGAAGUGAUUAUGGUAAAGAAACAGCGUUUAACUUCAAAAUAAUUAUAAAAACUAAAAAUAAUAACAUUUAAGCGAAGCAGAAAGGUUCGUUUUAAGUAGAUAUUAAUUGAUUUGUAAGUUCAUUUACAACUAAGGAUUGCUAGAAAACAAACUUACUCAUUUCACCGGCCCCUUUUCAAAAACACUCAAUAAACUUUUAAGUUUGAGGUUUUAAACGAAAGGAGGUGGAACAAUAUCAACAAAUUGAGAAAUAGAAAACAGCAUAAUAUUUAAGUGAUUACAAAAACUUUAAAAUAAAAACAAACAAAAAAUUAAGAAAUAUGCAUAAACUAAACGAAUUAUAGUGAUAUAAGACAUAUUUUUAAAAUGAAUUAUUAUAAAAACAAAAUACAAAUAAAAUACCAGAGGAUAAAACACAGUUUUCAUCUAAUACAACUACCAGCAUAAAUAAUGAAAUGCAACAAAACAAACUUGAACUUCAUUGCAAAAAAAAAGAAAGAGAUCAUAAUCACAUAAACGACUUAAUAAACUAAUAAUAAAAUCAGAUAUAAAA